AUGGCAGCCCGUUGUCUGUUGACGGCGCUUCUGGCUAUUUCUACAUAUGCCUCGCCUGCCAAAAUCCAACCUCGCUCUAUCACUCCACCUGAAGGGUGUCCCAUUCCUACAUGGACAGUUAAUGAGUUCCAGUGGUUCAAUGGCUCACACAGCCUAGACUGCAUCCACAAUCAAGUCGACAUCAAUGCCAAGGGUUGUCUCUGUGGAAAUGGCUGGUGUAAACCGGAUCCAGCUACUUGUAAUGGGACCAUGGUGGGCGUGUGCUGGACCGGAAUGCCAAACUAUGAGCCCUGGGGGUACGGUCCGAUGCAAACGCUGGAUAUCGACUUUGCAGACGGCCUCAGAUGUCACGAUGAGUACAUUGGAUAUCGUAUUCAUGACAUCGCUCAUGGCGAAAGCAACUGCGGCUAUGCAGACCGGGGUGCUGGGCGGAUUGUGGCCUUCUAUGGAACUUCAAAUCUGGAAACUUCAACUGGUCAUAUCGAUUAUACUCUCGGGGAUGGACAUGCACUGAAGUGUGACAACGGUAGUACCAUCACCUACUCUGGCAGUACGGACUUCCGACUCAGCUGUACGCAUGACGCCUACUUCAACGCCACUUGCACAGCACCGGUGUUUGAAAUCCCAGUCUUGAGCUACAAAUGGGUCUCGCAAUGA